UUUGACGUAUGAGGUAUAAGUAAACGACCUUGUAUCCAAACGUUUCGAAAUAAAACUAAAUAAUUACAUCUUCACAAAUCAGUAUAUUAGCCAGACCAGCAUCGCAAUGAAACUAAUCAUCAAAAUCCUUAAAGGAGAUGAGUACAUUAUUGAGACUACCGAAGAUGCGACAGUGCUAGAUAUCAAAAUUGAACUGGAAAGACAGAGCUUAGUUCCCGUCGAACACCAGAAGCUACUUCUAGUAGGUAAAACGCUCUCAGAUGAGAAAUCAAUCGCCUCUUACGGUAACAUAAAGGAUGGAACUAAGCUGACCCUGGUCGUUAAGAAACCCGACUCACUGCGGGAAGCUAUCCUGAGGCAUUUCAAAAAGUAUCUCCAAGAGGACCAGUCACAGCGUCUGACUAGUGAGUUUAUGAAGGAUUUCGACAGUAAAAUACAACAGCUUAGUUUGGAUGAUUUGGAAAAGAUUGCAAGUGAUAUCCUGGCCAAAAAGGGUCAACGUGUAUGACUAUAAUAAAAACUAAAUUGUACUGACCUUGUAGAA